UUGUCUGAAUAUUUAGUCAAAAGGGUCGGUUUGGUUGCGGAAGAAGAGUUGGCAGACUGGAAGAAAUACUGCCUGAAUCGGGUAAUCUGCAGGAGACCUGCCUGGGAAAAUAACUUGUACAUAAACCUGCCCAAACAAAUGAUUGUAAAGCACAAUUCUCAGUCAGUCGGAGCUAAAGAUUCUGGACCAAACAAUAUACACGUUAAUGAAGGUGCCUCGAUGCCGCUACAAUGGAAGAAUAUUUACAUACUACCUGAGCAUUCCCGUUUCAAUGUUUCCAACAAGCAAAUCACAUUUUCGUUGGACAUCAAUGGCAAGAAAACGGACUUUCCAUGGCUGGAUUCAACCACAUAUAUGCUGCGAAUUCGCAUCAAUCCCGUCAACGACCCUCCGGAACUUACUGGAACCAAAGGAGUACAAGUGAUCAAGAUAUCAGCUAAAGGAAGUCGAACCCUCACAUCCGAUCACAUACUCCUUUCGGAUCCUGAUGACGGUCCAGAUAAGGUACUCACAUUGCAUACAAUCAGCACUCCAGUUGAGGUACGCUUGAAAACGAACACCGGCGUUCGUUUACUCCACCAUUCAUCUGCUCUUAUUACAUCGAAUAAUCUCUCAUUUACUGCCUCUGUACCCGAUCUACCGUUGUCGUUCUCCAUUGUCGGAUUACCUGAUCAUGGUGUUGUAGAGUGUAGCCCGAGUAAUGGACAUUUUGCCGUCUGUAGUACAUUUACACAGGAACAGAUAGACAAGGGCCUCGUUCGAUUUCGACACACUAGCAGCCACCAUCCAACACAGGAUAUGUUCAGUUUCCAGGUGGAGUCGGGAGAAUUUGUAUCGAUGAUUCAUAACUUUCGACUAAUGUUUAUUCCUAUGAAUGUGAAGGUGUUCAACCGAGAAGUGUUCAUGCUUAACGGUACGGAAACUGGUACGCUAAAUCGAGGGAACCUAUUCGCAUGGACAUUUCCCAAGAGCUAUCCACCUGAAAAACUGGUCUAUCAUAUUGAAGAACCACCAAAAUAUGGUAUUCUGUCAAGGAGAAUCAAUGGAAAAAGCCGUAGAAUCGGUGUUUCGUCGAAUUUCACUCAAGCAGACAUUGACAAUAGAUUGAUCUCAUUCAAGUUACAUUUCAUGCAAUAUUCCAUCAUCAACGAUUUCUUUUUGUUUCGGGUGAUCACACCGGCUAUUUCCUCAGAAUCCCUACGGUUCGAGAUUAUCUUCAUCCCUUCACAAACAUCUAUUCAACUAGUGAAUCGAACAGUCGUUGUUCAGGAAGGCGACUCGGCUACGGUCACCCAGGACUCCCUAUCCUUGGCCACCCCAGAUGACUCGUUUUUCGUGUUCACCCUUGCGCUGCCACCAGCACAUGGAUCUCUUCUUCUAAAAACAUCGAAUUUCACUAAUAGAACUCUCAGUACCGGAAUGAACUUCACCACUCGGGAUAUAGCCGAAGAAAGAUUGAUCUAUUCCCAUUCGGGUUCAGAAUCACGUACAGAUCGCCUUCAUUUGAUCGCGGAGUCAGCGUUUCGUAAAGGGCGGCGCAUUCCAUUUUGGAUGUCGUUCUCUGUCAUUCCCGUCAACGAUAAUCGACCUCGUCUACGUGGUAGCCAUAUCAUACAGAUCGUGGAACGAGGUGAACGCGUUCUCCAUCCAGAUCUUCUCGAUUGGGUUGAUGAUGAUCAUGACGGUGUCGCUCCACUCCAGUUUAACUUCUACCAACCUAUUAAAGAUGCAGCAGUUCUGUCUACGGUGUCACCGUAUCUGCCGAUGACGAUCUUUACUGAACAGGAUCUUAUAAACGGCAGGGUGAUGUUGCGUCAUCUUGGUCACAAGAACAAUUUCACCGUAAGUUAUACUGUAAGCGACAAGAAGCAUACUGUAGAAGGACUGGUGCGAAUUGUCGCUUCUGAUCCAUUUGUCCGUAUUGGCGAAAGCUUGCUGGAGUAUUGCUGCCUACCGGGAGACACCCCGAACUUGCCCGUCGGUCCUGCAAAUCUGUCGGUGAUCACGAAUUUGGACGUUCGCCCUGAGGACAUUGUGUAUCAAAGCCAGUCGGACAGCUUCGUGAUGCAAUACCAGAAGUACAGACGGCCAAUAAGAACAUUCACUCAGAAGGAUAUCAAUAAUGGCAAAAUCUCCUAUAACGUUCACUCGGCUGUCAUGGAGUUGUUGACUGUACGCGUCGCGAAUCGAACACUCAAAGCAGAGGUCCAAAUUUUACGUCGCUCUCUCGGUGCCUCCCUGGAACUGCGUCGAUCGUCUACGUUGACGUUGCCGGUCGGUGGAGUCGGAACGAUCGACUCGAAUCAUCUCGAAAUCGGCGAUGCAGUCAGUUCCGCCAAUGAACUUGUCUAUCGUAUCAUCAAACAACCACAAGAGGGUGCACUUGUUUUAGAGCAAGAAAACUCAACCUCAACCCCCUCGAUCAUCGUGGGACGGUUCUCUCAAAGGGAUGUCGAUCUAGGGCGAGUACAGUACAUUCACAGUGGAAGCGGUUCCGGUCGUGACACAAUCCAAUUCAACAUUUCUUCACCUCACACCACAAAAGGACCAUAUACCUUCUAUGUGGAGAUCUACGACCAUCAUGUCUCUAUGACAUCAACACCAUUGAACGUCGUUGCCGGUGGUUCCACUGUGGUCUCUGGUUCUGUACUAAACGUGACUUCAUCGGACAGGGAAGACUAUGUGGUGAAUGUGGUGGAGAAGCCAAACUACGGCUGGAUUGUGUUGGACUCAUGGAACACAAAUAAUAUCAGUUCAAUAGAGUCGUUCAGUGGCGCAGAUCUGCGUGAGCGUCGUGUGGUGUAUGUGUCAGAUCGAGACUCGGCUGCUACAAGGGAUUCAUUCUCAGUCGCCGUCUGCAUUUCCCACCACACUUGCACCCAGACGCAAACCGUCGACAUCACUAUAUCGCAGCGAAAUGUGCAAAGUCCCCAACUUCUACGAAACGAAAUUCUGCGUGUCACUUCCGAGAGAACUCCCAUCACCAAUGCUCACUUGGACACUGAGGAUCCCGACACACCUCCAAGUGGAGUGUUUUACUUGAUUUCUAAGCCGUCAAAUGGUAUGGUGGUCAACAUCAACGAUCUUUCGAAAGAGAUUUACAACUUCUCACAGAAGGAAGUCGACGAUUCGGCGAUUAUUUUCCUCCGACAAGCCAAUGCAUCCGGAUCAGGCGGUUUCUCGUUUCUUCUCUCAGACGGACUACAUCAAAUCGGCCCAGAAUGGUUUUCCAUAGAAAGUUCGGCGAGUUCAUCACCAGUGCUCCAGACAAACGCUCGCCUACUUGCAUCACCCAACGCUAGCACGGUCAUCGGUGUCGAAUCACUGAGAGCCAGCAUACCGAAUGUAAUGCCACACUUGUAUUAUAUCACUGAUUCUAUUGGGGUCUAUACAGAUCCUCAAGAUACAUUAUAUAUUCCAGGCCAGACCAGAAGAGAUACUUCGUCAGGAGCUCCACAAAAGGAAUGGACCCUGAAAGACUCCUUCUACUUUGUGCUUCAGAAGAACGGUUCUGAUAAACCGAUCGAAGAAGAAUUCAGAUUUCGAGUUGCAUCUACAUACGCUGCUCUGCAAGACCCUACAAAAGGAUAUGUAAAAACGACUCCGCUCAAUAUCUCCAAAGGAGGUUCAGCUGCACUGACCAAAGCCCACUUUGAUAUUUCCGUCUUGGCUGCGUCAGCAGAGAAAGAGAGCCUAAUUAUCGAAGUAUCUACACCUCCACGAUAUGGUGUACUGGAAUUUCUCGAUGGGGCCGCUGCUUCGAUGUACUGGUCGGAUUUUCAAAGUGAACCCAAACUGAUCUACCGAAAUGGAGGUGAGGAGUCCAAGGACGACUCAGUAACGUUCUUCAUCUAUCCGGCUAGCGAAAAAACACGUCGUAGCAGUCGACUACGGAUAACUGUUCCAAUACACAUUAGAACACCACGAGAUCCACUAGUGCAGGUUACAAGUUUUCCGUCAUCGAUUUCGGUUCGAAAUUCUGGAGUGGUACCUCUUACCGCUAAACAAUUCCAUGCAUCUCAUCCACAUGUGCCAGCACAGUCUAUCGUCUACGAACUCACCCAGCCUGGUACUGCUGGCACUGAGAUUCGAGUGAAUGACGGUUUGGUAUCGAUUGGCCAUGUACCGGCAUCGAUGGCAAUGUCAUCACACGAUGUGAUCACCUUGUCCGUCGAAGGUCAUUCAAGAGCUCUCAUCGUUAGAAUUAAACCAUUGGAUCUUGCAUUGGAGAAUCACACAGUUAUCGAGUAUCCUCAAGGCAAAACUUAUGUAGUGUUGAACCGGACCCAUCUCGGUGCAUAUUCGAAUGGUGAUAGGACAGCUAUCACUUACAAGAUCACCAAAGGGCCUGAGAAUGGUACCUUUUAUUGGGUGGCCGGUGAAAAGGAAGCGAAACAAUUCACUCAGAAAGACAUCGACGAUGGAAAAAUUCUGUAUGCUCAGCUCAAUAUGAAUUCCUAUAAGGACAGUUUUGAAUUUCUUCUGGCCAAUACCGAGAAGGGUGUAGUUCGAAAUCGAUCAGAAAUUCGGGUAAAAUCAUUAGUUACUGCUCAGCCGGUGAUCGUCGAAACGAAUACUGUGGUUCCACUUACACCCAGUCAACUCAACGCUACUGCUCUACAGGGCUCAACUCCCCGUUUCCUUGUCACCUCCAGUCCUCGUUACGGUAGAAUCUCACUUGAUCCGGACCUCAAUCAUUCCGCACUUUUCUUCACUUUCCCAGACAUUCUUCGGAGUCGUGUGUACUUUCAGGCUUUUGCUACCGACAGAGAGGUCACUGAAGAGCUGGAACUGGAAGUCCGUGCUGACAGCGUUCAACCUGCUCGAUUAAUCCUUCCGAUCACCAUCAUUCCGGCUGAUUUAGAUGUUCAAGAGCGAUCUGAGAUAGAAAAAACAGCAAAUGGCAAACGAAACGAGACGGAAAUCCCGAAAUCGCGAUUAUUACCAGCUGGUGACCAACUCCCGGUAAUCGUCCUGAUGGUGGUACUGUUCAUCACAGUAUUUGUCUUGUUAUGCCGGCGUAAACGUCCUAAACCAAAGAUCGAAACUCCGCAGGAGCAGCCGUCGCGUUCGCCCAAGACGUCAUUGCAAGAAAAGCCGGAUUUGUUAGGAUCAACGGUGUUUGCAUCAGUCGGAAAGGCGUCAGAUAUGUCACCACGACAGCCCUUGAGGACUUUUGAGAGGCCUCAAGUGACGCCGUUGAGUAAAAGGCGGCAUCAACCUUCCCUCGACUAUGCCGGCUUGGCGACCGACACACCGCCACCGAUGCCGCUCUUCAAACAGCUGACAGCUCAACGUUCAGAUGCCCAACAUUGGGUUUAG